AUGGACGCAAUGAUGUUCCACGGCCUUAUCGCCGUCGAAAGCGCACCUCCUCUCGAACUUCCCUCUGCUCCCGGGAAGGCCGUGCCCCGGACCUACCCCGGCGCUCCGCAAGAGGUUCAGCUGCCUAUCGAACUCCAACCACUUUCCCGGACUCCGAGAUCCAACAAGUCGGCUUCAACAUACCGAAUCAACCUCGUUUCUACAUUCGGCAAAGACAAUGGCCCUCGGCCCGUCACAACGACAACCACCAUCUUCAGUUCUGGCCCCGAGCUGGAGGACCAGAGCCGUCCUGGAACUCCCAAGGACUCUUUGAACGAUGAUAGCGCAAACAGCGAUAGCGUCGAAGCGAUGCAAAGCAUCAUGGAGCCUUACAUGAACCGCUGGCGGCUGUUAGCGAUGUGUCUGAUUUGUUUUAGCAACGGCAUGAGCGAUUCCGCGCCGGGUGCUUUGAUCCCCGCUAUGGAAAAAUACUACUCCAUAGGCUACGCCAUCGUCUCCCUCAUCUUCGUCGGCAACGCCCUCGGCUUCAUCGCCGCCGCCUUCUUCGUCGACGCCAUCCGCGAGCGGCUCGGGCGCGCCAAGACGCUUGCCGUCGGCCAGGGCCUCAUAUCACUGGGGUACAUCCCCAUGAUUGCCACCGCUCCGUACCCCGCCAUCGUGGUGGGCUUCUUCUUUGUUGGGUUCGGCAUGUCAAUUAACCUGGCCAUGGGCAACGUGUUUUGCGGAUCGCUGAGUAAUUCGACUACUGCUUUGUCGAUGAUGCACGGCUCGUAUGGUAUUGGAGGUACCGUCGGCCCGCUGCUGGCGACGGCGAUGGUAACGGUUUUUGAAGUGGUCUGGAGUCGGUAUUAUGCGUUGAGCUUGGGGUUGACGGUUUUGGGGGGCGUAUGUGGGACUUGUGCGUUUUGGCAUUAUGAGAGGGAUACCCAGCAGCACUUGGGUUCUACUGGUGGAAGUGGUGGUCAGUCGGGCUCAACGGCGGCACCCAAACGUGACUGGCGCGCCGACGUCACGGCUAUGGUUUCCGCGCUGUCCAACAAGGUGGUACUACUUGGUGCGCUGUUCAUCUUCGCCUACCAAGGCGCCGAAGUUAGUAUCUCCGGCUGGGUGAACACCUUCUUGAUGGACUCGCGCCAUGUGCACGACGGCUCGGUCGGUUACGUCACUGCUGGUUUUUGGGGCGGCAUCACGCUGGGAAGGUUUCUACUGGCGCCGCCGGCGCAUCGGAUCGGGGAGAAAUUGUUCGUCGUCAUUGUCGUCGUGGGAGCGUGUGCGUUUCAGCUCGUGGUUUGGCUGGUGCCCAACCUGAUCGGAAACGCGGUGGCUGUUGCCAUUGUUGGUCUGCUGCUGGGACCUGUGUAUCCGUGUGCUGCGGCAGUGUUUAUGCGGAAUAUUAGCAAGCAGAAGCAGGUUAGCGGGAUGGGCGUGAUCUCCGCGUUUGGAAGCUCGGGAGGCGCGGCGGCUCCGUUUACAACGGGUUUGUUGGCGCAGGCGGCUGGCACGUUUGUGCUGCAUCCGAUUGUUAUUGGGUUGUUUGUGGUUAUGAUGAUUUGUUGGUAUGGUCUGCCCAACAAGCCCAAGAGAAGCGAGUAA